GCUCCGGAACCUGAGCCACCCAAGCAGGAGAAGGCAAAAUCUGCCGGCCCAAGCGGUAAGGCUGUGAAGGAGCUUCGCGAGAGGUCGCGUGCUGGCAUCCUGGAUUGCAAGAAGGCGCUGACCGAGUGUGAUGGGGACAUGGAUAAGGCCAUGGAAUGGCUCAAGAAGAAGGGCAUGGCUAAGGCAGACAAGAAAGCAGGCAAUGUGGCCGUGGAGGGAUGCGUUGCCUCUUACGUCCACUUCAACAACAAGAUCGCGGUGCUGGUCGAGGUGAACAGCGAGACUGACUUCGUCGCCAGCAACGCGAUCUUCAAGGAGUUCACCGCAGACAUCGCCAUGCAAAUUGCUGCCAACUCGGAUGUGGCGUACCUCACGACGGAUGAUGUCCCGGCUGCAGAAAUGGAGAAAGAGAAGCAGCUGGAAAUGGCCAAGGACGAUCUCGACGGCAAGCCUGAAAACAUCAAGGAGAAGAUUGUCGUAGGCCGCCUGAAGAAGAAGUUCGAG